ACAAUAAUUGUAAUCAUAAUAACUUUAACGUUACCAAUUAACAAUAAAUUUAUACAUGAAUUGUUAAAAUGUCGUGUUAAUCAUUUCUGAUGAAAUUUUACUAGAUUACGUACAUGUACAGAGUGCGAUACAGGAUAUAGUUUAUUUAUAUAUUGUAGUUUAUGAUCUUCCUCAAUAAAAUUACUUUUUUCCGAGUUUUCACGAUUGUCUUAAUGGCGAUGACACAUUAUAUAAUUACAAAUGAUAUCUGGAAUUAAUAAAAAUGACAUAUUGUAUUGCAUUAACAUAAGCAUUGUCGUGUCAUGAAGUGACUUUGCCAAGAAAAAAUGCUGAUAAUGAACACUCGGAAAAAAUCUAUUCAUUAGAUAGAUACUUUCGAUAUCACUGCAUUUAUCGAACAAAUGGUUAUACUGACAGAUUAUCGUGGCAUUCACGCAAGAUAAGAUCAAUUUUAACCAACUUAAUGAAUUAUCUAAAUACUAGUUGAUUUUCAACCAUUUGUGCGUUAAACGCUCAAGUACGAACAAUCGAUCUGUGAUUAUUUGAACUUUGAUUCGUAAAUUGCCAUCCAUCCCAGAAAACACACUCUAAACGACAUAAUAAAGUUUCUAUCUUAUACAAUCGCAUCAAGUGAACUACAAUUGAAAGUUACGUUGAAGCAAAAUUUUACCACUCGAGUGUGAAAGAGAAACAGGAAGAUGCAUUUUCUGUGCUUGAAAAGAAGUACCCGACAGAAUUUCAAUGAACAAGAGUUCAAUCAACGAAACUUUGACGCUUAUUAUCGACAGUUGUCCCAGCAAAGGAAACACGGUGUCAUCGGCGAAAUAAACGUGUCCACCAGUACACCGAUCCCCGUUUUCAAGAAAGAUGAAAAGACGAAAAAACUGAUAAAGAACGCGAUUUUAAGCAACAAGUUCCUCGAAGAUCUCGAUGAGUCGCGAAUAGAGAAAUUUAUUUCGAUAAUGUACCCAGAAGAAGUAAAAGUCAACACACGGGUCAUUCGCGAAGGUGAAACUGGAUCCCAUUUGUACGUUUCGGAAGAGGGAACCUUCGAAAUUUACGUAGGUAACACGUAUUACGGAAGCUUUGGCCCUGGCGUCGCUUUUGGAGAAUUGGCCUUGUUGUAUAAUACCAAGAGACAGAGUUCAAUCCAUGCGAGUACAAAUGGAAAAUUAUGGGUGUUAGAGAGAUACGCGUUUCAAGCGAUAAUGUUGAAAAGCAACGAAGAAUCCUUGGAGCAGAAUUUAAAAAUUCUCCGUCAGAUUGAUAUCUUCAGAGACCUACCGGAGGAAAUUCUUCUGAAAAUAUGCGAUCUUAUAAUGGUGGAAUUUUAUCCGGCAAACACGUACGUGGUUCGGGAAGGAGAAAGGGGGGAUAAGUUCUACAUUAUAAACAGUGGAAGCGUGAGGAUCACGAAGAAUAACUCAAGUGGCAUGGAAGAGGAACUAAUGAUCCUUGAAAAGGGUGACUACUUCGGUGAAAAAGCACUGUACUCCGAGGAAUUUCGUCGGCAAGCGAAUGCCAUCGCAAUGGCUCCUGGACUGGAAUGUUACACUAUUGAGAAAAAAGAGUUUCUAGAUUAUCUCGGUGAAUUGGAUUCGAUCAAAAAUAAAAAUUGGUCAGCAUAUCAGAGUGUGAUCGAAACGGAUGAAUGGGACGAUGAAUUUAAAAAGAUAACUCUGUCUGAUAUUGAAUCUGAAGGAAUACUCGGAACUGGGGGCUACGGCAGAGUGGAACUGGUUGUUGUGAAAUCGAUGCCUAAUAUUAGUUUUGCCAGAAAAAAGGUGGAGAAGCAUAUGAUCACGCAAGGUGGCUUUCAGAAAAUGAUUUACAAUGAGAAAAAUAAUUUGAAACUGUGUAAUUCACUGUUUACCUGCAAAUUAUACAAAACCUUUAAAGACAAACGAUACCUAUAUUUCCUAUUGGAAGCGUGUUUAGGAGGAGAUUUAAGAACAGCCUUAUAUAGACAUGGUCAAUUCAAUAAUUCAACAACUCGAUUCAUCAUCGCUUGUGUCAUAGAAGGUAUUCGACAUCUCCAUUCACUGGGCAUCAUCUACAGAGAUCUAAAACCUGAGAACAUCGUGAUCGACAGUCGAGGCUACGCGAAACUUACUGAUUUUGGAUCCAGUAAAAAGAUUGGUCCUUACAAGACAAAGACUUUUAUGGGUACACCAGAAUAUUUGGCUCCAGAAAUCAUUCAGAGUAAACUUUAUGAUCAAGCUGUCGACUAUUGGGCUCUUGGGAUUCUUACGUACGAAAUGUUAACAAAUCGAACACCUUUUCAAGAUGUAAAUGAUAUCGAAGUGUAUAAAAAUAUUCUUCGUGGUUUUAAAGACGUAGUUGUACCAUCCAUUAUUAAAAGCGCGGCAAAGAGUUUCAUCAAAUCUCUAUUACAAGAUGAUCCAUAUAAAAGACUCGGCUGUUUACGAUACGGUGUUGCCGAUAUUCAUAAUCACAAGUGGUUCCAUCACUUUAAUUGGCAAGAAUUACAAAAUCAAACAAUACUUUCCCCUAUUGUACCAACGGUGAAAAAUCAUCUUGAUUUAAGGAAUUUCGAUAAAUAUCCUCCAAAUCACAAAGCGGUACCGGCUGAUUUGUCCGACUGGGAUACAAAUUUCUAACAACCAAUGUUGUACAAUUAACUUUUUUGUAUAUAUAUAUUAGGUUAGGUUUAGAUUCUACUAUUAUUUGAUGCACUAUCCCUCCAUUUUUAUUU